AGUACAUGUUUUGCAUUUUGUGGUGCCAUAUCCCUAUAUCGCAUAAUGUCUCAAGGACAGCCUUUUCCUCUAACAGAGGAAAGUAUUUUUGCACAUUUCUCCCAAGAAGACCGCGAGUUGCUGUUGUCGGAUACCCUCACCGGCCGCUGGUGGUAUGAAGGAUUUACCUUAUUAUUGAGGUGCUUUCGUGAAGACAAAAAUUUAACUUCGGCAGGGAGACAGCGGGUUGAAGCUCGCUUGGUUGAUGUCCUUAAAAACCGACUAGCGAUUUCAAGACGACUGCGGUCAGUUGACUUAAGUAAGUUUUCAAUCAAGAGGCCAAUUUUCAUCAUUGGACCUUGUCGAACUGGGACAUCUUUCCUUCAAGAACUGCUAUUUCAAGAUCCCCAGAAUACGUCCCUAAUGUAUUAUGAAGUUCUUCAUCCAGUUGUAGAUGUCGCCACUGUCGGCACGGAUCCGCGUAUUUUGGAAGAAGAGCAAGCACAAGCCUCGAUGAACGAGACCGUGCCACAGAUGAAAAGCAUUCACAAGAUGGAAGCUGGAAGUCCAUACGAGGGACAUCACCUCUUUGAAAACAUCGGCGUGUUCAAGGCACCUGCUUUCCAAGGCGGCAACAGUGGAGAGUAUGUCACGUGGUAUGAGGCAAGAACCAAUGAGGAAAUGGCUGAGGCAUACCGUUUCCAUAAACUGCAAACACAGCUUAUACUCAAUGGUAGAGCAGCUGCUUCCAGUUCCCGUCGAAUGGUCUUUAAGGAGAAUUACCACAGUCUUUACCUGGAUGCCAUACUCAAGGUGUAUCCAGACGCAAUCUUCGUUCACACCUACCGCAAUCCGUGUACAUCCCUUGCUUCACUGUGUUCUCUCCGUGAAACUUACAAACUUCUAGCAUAUGAACAGUGUGAUAUAGAUUUAGAGCAACUUGGAAGGGAAGUGUUGAAUUGGGCAUUUCUCCACGGUGGAACAGAGAUGAUGAAGUUCAGGAAGAACCACCCAGAUUUGGAGCACAGAUUCGUCGAUAUUGCGUUUGACGACCUCGUUACAUCACCCCUGAAUGCUGUGAAGAAAAUAUACGAUCACUUUGGCCUGGAGCUGACUGACCAAGGGAAAGACAACAUGGAGGCGUAUGUGAAGGAAAACCCACAAAACAAACACGGCCGCCACAAGUAUGACCUGAAGCGUUAUCACCUGACGGAAGAGGAAGUUUUGGGGCAUUUUAAAGAAUAUGUGGAGGAGUACAAAAUCCCUUGCUGA